AUGCAAAAAAAAUCAAUAAGAGGCCAAAGACCUACUCAUGUUUGUGCUGCCUGUAGAACGCAAAAGCUAAGAUGCAACCGGGAGCGACCUAGUUGUUCUAGGUGUCAAAGAAUAGGUAGAACAUGUGUGUAUGAAAAACAUUCUGAGGACACCCUCGUUAGUAACAACGAGCCAAUUACGCCUAGCAGUAUAAUCAGCAAGGCACAUGAUGUUGAUCACAAACUAAUACUGGAAUUUGAUGAAAAACUGCAUCUUUGGAAUUCGAAAGAUAUGUUUAUUAGCCACGGUUAUCAUACAUACAUAGAUUUACCAUAUGGGACGCAUAGUAUUGCUCAAUAUGACCCAUAUCUGAGAAUAUUUUGCCCUUCAGUCCAUGGUACUACUUUGGCAGAUCUUCAAACAAGAUUAGAAUUUAUUUUAUCAGAAUCGAAACAACCACAGGACAAUACAUUCAAAACGUUAGAAAGCAUCAGUCCAUUAAUGUUCAUUGAAGAUGCUGUAGUUAAAUGGGUUACAAAAACGAACGAUUAUGUGAAUAAUCAAGUACCGUUGGAAUACUUUAAUACCAUAUAUACAAUUGAAGAUCGGAUGCAUCCCACCUUACUGUCAGUAAUUAAUGAUCUGAUCAAUGAACUUGAAGAUAAACUACUGGAUAAUUUAGACAUCGACCUUUUGUUAAAGCAUUUCUAUGAGAACAUUUAUCCUUAUUAUCCAUUUAUAGAGGUUGAUUCAUUUGAGAAUAGUUUAUCUAAAAUAUAUUCUAAAGAUCCAGUUUCUGGAGCCUAUAAAAUCAAUGUCUUUCAAGAAAAUGUGAGAUCCCACCUAGAAAUUUUGACGUUACUUCUUUUGAUUAUAUCAAUCACAUUAAGGAAUCCUAGAUUGAAUUAUUUAAAUGAGCAUACCAUUUCAGUAGAGAAUGCAACAGUAAUAUCAAAGAAAUUGUUAAUCAUCUCACAAAAAUUACUAUCUCUCCUUAAUGGAUAUAAGUUUACCACUGAAAAUGUGUUAUCUUGCUUACUAUACAUUUUUGUCGCCGAAUUUUUAAAUCCUGAAAAUACAGAAAUGCAUAUUACACAUAAUCAGAUAUUAACGUUGAAAUGUUUAACAGAAUUGUCAUACACGUUAGGUUUAUAUAAAGAACCUUCGCAAUUUACGAGAUAUUUAAACCGCCCAGAACCCAGUGAUGUUUAUUUUACCUUCAGAAGGAAAUUAUGGAUUGGACUUCAAUCACUCCGCCUGGAAAUUUUGACUGCAGAUGGUGGUUGCAACGACGUUACUCAGGGCUAUUUAAAUGAGUUUUUGAAGGAAAAUAAAGCCAUGGUACCUUCAUUUAUGGAACAUUUUAACUCCGUAUUAACUUGCGAUAGGCACCUUUUCAAAAUUCAAGACAAUAAAUACCAAUUCCAUAUGUUACUUGCAAGAGUUAUGUUAGAUUGCUGUUCAUCAUCCAAUGAGCAGGAUCUGAAAAGAAUCACCGAUUCUAUUGCUAAACUAAGUGAAUUUACCUUGAGAGUGUUCCCUCUGUCAAAAUUAAAGGAAACAAUGAAAGAUCGUGUCAUUGAAGAGAAUGCUUGGAGAGGUGGUCGUUUCAAUUUAGAUAUGAUAGAAAGAACCGAAAUCUUACGGAUUAAUAUGAUUUUUUUCUCAAGUUUGAUGAACAUUUUCAAUGUUUUAGCAAUUUAUUUUGAAAAAAAGUGUAGCCAAAACUGGGAGAAAUAUGAGGAUCUAUACCAUAAUUUUUUCUUUAAGAGUUUGGACAAUUAUCUAGAAAUGAUGACAUUACUGAAGCAUUAUCUUAAGGGGGGCUUCUCUUCGUCGAUUUUGCCACAACAUGAAUAUUGUUUAAAUCGCUCAGUUUCUUUUAUUUCCAUAAAAGUCUUAUCGGUACAACUUAGUUAUUUAUUAAGGUUGUCUUAUAAGCUGGAUAUGGUUUCGAGGAAUAAUGAGGUGAUGAAAUACAUGGCUCAGUAA